CCGCAAGGUGCUGAAUACGUCGACAAGGUGCUGAAUACACCGUUAACCCCUUGCAAAUUCGUUGCUAUUUCUUUUGCCCAUUUGAACGCCUUACGAGUUAGGGUUAGAACGAACUUCCAGCCUUCUGCCUUCCUUCCUCGUACCCCGACGGCGCGACCAACGACCUGCUGUAGCCACGACCGACGGCAGAUCACGACGACCGGCGGCUACGGCGGAUUUUCUUCCUCAGAAGGGCUUUAUCUACUGCGACCGGCGACUACGGCCUUCCUUUCUCACAGAAAGGCUUUACCUACGGCGACCGGCGAUUACAGCCUUCCUUCCUCACAGAAGGGCCUCAUCUACGGCGACCGGCGACUACAGUCUUCCUUCCUCACAGAAGGACUUCAUCUACAGCUGAUUUCCUCUUGUAAUCAGCAGCAACAAGGAGAAGCGGCGGCCACCGUUUGAUGUGGUGCUGAUGGUUUCUGAUCCGAUGCAUCGCGGAUCUACCAUUCCACAAGAAAAAAAAGCAUGUCCAAACCCUAACCACGAAUUAGGGUAUCAAAUUGAGGAUAGCUGUAGACGGUCGGACUUGCAGAGAGUUGCUUAUUCUCACGCCUUGACGCUGACUGGAGGUUGUGGAUGCUGCCCUGUAACUCCCUGCAAGGUGCUUCAUACACCAUUAACCUCCUGUAAAUUUGUUGCUAUUUCUUUUGCCCAUUUGAACGUUAAAAUAUUGUAGUCCAUAACAAUGGACUCAAUCAUCUCUGCUGCCUUGGAGGAGAUUUGUGCCCAGGGAACUAAUGGAAUUUUGCUUUUGGAUUUAUGGCCAAAGCUACAAAAUUCACUUUCUUCAGCAGGACUACAUCUUUGCAACAAUGUUAAAAGUGCCAUCUGGACCAGAAUCAUCAGCAUUCCAGGGCUUCAUUUUGAAGCUGACAAUUCACCCUCCACCUCUUAUAGCUCUCAAGACCUUUCUAAUCAAUCAUUUGAAGAAUCUGAAAAGCUGAGGUUGAAGAUUGUAGCUGCAGAGCAUCUCAGGGAUAGCUUUGCGGGGCUUUAUGAUCUCAAGGCUGCUGAUUCUGGAUUUUCCCCACUCCAAAGGCGUACACUUGAACGACUCGCCAUUGCCAGAACGGAUGGAAUAACACAGAGUCAACUUGCCAAGGAAUUUGGUUUGAAAGGAAACAAGAUCUUUUAUAUAGUAAGGAGCCUUGAAUGCCGGGGUUUGAUUGUCAGACAGUCAACAAUUGUGAGAACAAAAGAACAUGCUACUGAUGGUGAAGGAGAUUGUGUGUUAAAAAAUACCUCUGUUGUGAAUACGAAUUUGAUCCAUCUAUAUCGUUAUGCAAAGCAUUUGAGUUCUCACGAAAGACUGGAAAUCACCAAAGAAGAUGCAGUGGAGGGUCUUGGGAGUGCAAAUGGAAGUACCACUGGUGUUGAUGUUGCUGGAGAAAAUGUAAGAGAAGAUGUGCUCAUAAAGGACUAUUUACCUGCAUUAAAAGCUGUUUGUGACAAACUUGAAGAAGCUGACGGCAAGGUCCUUGUCGUCUCAGAUAUUAAACAAGCUCUUGGUUAUCGGAAGACUCCAGGGCAUCGCGCUUGGAGGCAUAUCUGUAACAGAUUGAAAGAUGCUCACCUUGUGGAAGAAUUCCGUGCAGAGGUCAACAAGAAGGUUGUUACCUGUUUGCGUUUACUAAAAAGGUUUGAUCCAAAGCACUUUCAAACAAAAGCUCUUGGAUGUGGAUAUGAUGAUCAUGACACAGAUCAGAUGGUAAAACAUGGGAAGAGGGGCCAAGUUACUGACCAACUUGUAGAGCUUCCACUUGAGCAUCAAAUACAUGAUAUGAUUGAUGCUUCUGGCUCAAAAGGACUGACUGUUACUGAGGUCUGUAAGCGGCUUGGACUUAACAAUAAGAGGAAUUAUACUCGGCUUCUUAAUAUGUUUUCAAGGUUUGGGAUGCAAUUGCAAGCAGAAAGUCAUAACAGGGGUAUGGCCUAUCGGGUGUGGACAGCUCAAAACUUCAAUCGUGGUGCAUCGAUUGCUUUUCCUAGUAGACAUGAAGAUACCCGUGAUGGAAGUGAGCUUUCCUCACAAAGUGUGGGUGAUCUGGUUCUCCAUGAAAAAUCAGCUCCGUCCAUUGUGCACUUGGAUUCUUCAGCUUCUGUAAAUGAAUCUUCAACUCCUGGAACAGUGAAAGAGGGAGGAAUGAACUCAGAAACUUGUCUUGUCCUGUCUGGUGAUGCUACAAGUAAUCAGAUGGUUGUUUAUGGAAGCCAGCCAAAAGAUUUGCCUCUUGAGAUUGAUUGUACAGUUCCUGAUGCUGAACGUGAUUUAGUGAAUAAAGUAACUAAGUCAAAUAUUGUUCCACCAGGAACAUCAUCCCUGAUUUUUUCAAAGCCCGCAAAGCUCCAAUCUUGUCAAAGGUAUCCGUGUCUUACUUUGGCUGCAAUUAACACCCAAAGGGAGCGGAGGAUACUUGAGCGGCUACAGGAGGAGAAAUUUGUUCUAGCAGCUGAGCUCCAUAGGUGGCUUGAGAGUCUUGAAAAGGAAAAGCCCACAACAAUGGCUAGAAAGACUUUAAACCGCACAUUAAACAAGCUUCAGCAAGAAGGACUGUGUAAAUGUGUUCACAUUAGUGUUCCUGUUGUCACUAAUUGUGGCCGUAGCCGCACUACUGAGGUUGUUUUGCACCCGUCUGUUCAAAGUUUACCACCUGAACUGUUAAGCCAGAUUCACGAGAAGAUGAGAUCUUUUGACAUUCAAAGCCGUGGCCAAGGUUUAGCUCGACUGAAAAAAGAUGAAUCAGUUCCUGUGCUGAAUGGUGUCCAAAGAACUCAGAACCAUGUAGUUUCAGAUGUCCAAGCUGCUAGAUCAGAAGCUAUGCGUGCUAAUGGAUUUGUUUUGGCAAAAAUGGUUCGUGCAAAGCUGCUGCACAACUUUUUGUGGUGUUACCUCAGUAGUUCUUCUGACUGGGGUGAUGCUUUAUCUUCUGGGAAACAUGGAUAUGACCUGAAGAACCCUCACAGCACUUGCAAAUUGUUCUCAAUGAAUGCAGCAAUAAAAGCAAUGCCUCUUGAGCUGUUUCUACAAGUUGUAGGGUCCACACUGAAAUUUGAGAACUUAAUGGAUAGUUGCAAGCGUGGUUUGCGUCUCUCUGACCUUCCAGUGCAGGAGUACAGGUGUCUGAUGAGUACCCUAGCAACUGGACGACUCUCAUGCACAGUUGAUAUUUUACGCCGGUUGAAGUUGAUUCGGCUAGUGACUGAUGGGCGUGCAGAACAAGACACAAUCCCUCAUGCUGUUCUUACACAUGCAAUGGAACUUAAACCAUACAUUGAGGAACCUUUGUCAAUAGUCCCGCCAUCUUCAGGUGUUACUUCUAUUGAUCUACGACCAAGAGUCAGGCAUGAUUUUAUCCUGUCAAACAAGGAUGCUGUUGAUGCCUACUGGAAGACCUUGGAAUUUUGUUAUGCUGCAGCUAAUCCAACUGCUGCUUUACAUGCAUUCCCUGGAUCUGCUGUUCAUGAGGUUUUCUUUUACCGGUCAUGGGCAUCUGUUCGGGUUAUGACAGCUGAGCAGCGUGCUGAACUUCUCAAGCGUGUGGUAAAGGAUGGUCCCAACAAAAAGCUUUCCUUUAGGGAAUGUGAGAAAAUUGCUAAGGACCUUAAUCUUACACUACAACAGGUUCUUCGAGUUUAUUAUGAUAAGAGGCAACAACGUCUCAGCAGAUUUCAGCGAGAUUCAGAAACCAAAGGGCAGGAGUUUCAACCAGUAACAAGUAAAUCUGGUUCAGCUUCCCGGAAAAGGAAGAAGCAUACAGAAACAAGGUUGUCAAAGCACGUGAAAACAUAUUUAGUAUCUGGAGAAUUGGACAAGCAGAUUGUACCCAUUUCAAGUGAUGGUCAAAUGGAAGAAGAGCAACUUCUCUUAAUAAAUUCAUCUGACCAUGAAAUUCAACUGCAAGCUUGUGAUGAUGAUGUUCAAUAUGAAACUUCUGAUGAUCCAUCAGAAGAUGAAAAUAAUUCCAAUAAUAAUUAUGCAUUUAUUAGCCAGUGUGCUUUUUUAAGGCAGAAACCAACACGUCAAAGCAGGUUUUUUUGGUCACAAACAUGUGAUAGGAAAUUGGUGAUGCAAUAUGUAAGGCACCGUGCAGCCCUUGGAGCCAAAUUUAAUCGCACUGAUUGGGGUUCACUUCCUGACCUUCCAGCACCUCCAGAUACAUGCAGGAGGAGGAUGGCAUUACUUAAUAGCAAUCUGAAUUUUAGAAUAGAGCUAAUGAAGCUCUGCAACUUGCUUGGAGAACGAUAUGCCAAGAAUCUAAAAAAUUCCCAGGGGAAAAAAUCCUUCAGUCGUGAUUAUUGUGGACAGAUGGUUCAUGAUUCUUCUUUAGAUGCCUGUCGUAAUUCCAAUGAUGUUGUAAAUAACUUGGAAAACAAUUUUGAGGUGCAAGCAUGGGAUGAUUUUGAGGAUGAAGCUAUUAAGAUGGCUCUUGAUGAGGUGCUUCAAUGCAUCCGGAUGCCCAAAAUGGAGGCUUUGAGGAGAGUUAAGGAAGCACCUGAGAGGGAGUGGUCAGAUCUAAAUUUGGAUGCAAAAGCUUGUGAUGCCCAUGAAGAUCCCCAAUCAAUUCCAUCCUCAGCUGUGGAUGAGGAAAUUCAGAACCAUGUUGGAAGGCGUCGAAAAGAUUCUGGUCGAAGAUCGGGCUGUCAUCGCCUUCCUGGGAAGUUUCUUAAACUUUUAAAUGAAGGCAUAAAUGUUAGUAGACGAGCCUAUGAAUCACUUGCAGUUUCCAAUGCCGUGGAGCUCCUUAAGCUUGUAUUUUUGAACUCCUCCACAGCACCUGAAGUUCCAAAGUUGCUGGCAGAGACUCUACGACGUUAUUCUGAGCAUGACCUUUUUUCAGCUUUUAACUACCUAAGAGAGAAGAAAUUCAUGGUUGGUGGUAAUGAUAGUCAACCUUUUGUUCUUUCUCAACAAUUUUUGCAUAGUGUUUCUUCUUCUCCAUUUCCCACAAACACUGGAAAGAGAGCUGCAAAAUUUUCUAGUUGGAUCAACGAAAGAGAGAAAGGUCUAACAGAGGAAGGAGUUCAUCUUGAUCCAGACUUGCAGUGUGGUGAUAUUUUUCAUUUGCUUGCUCUAGUUUAUGCUGGAGAAUUGUUUAUUUCACCUUGUUUGCCUGAUAAGGGCAUUGGAGAAGCUGAGGAGCAGAGAGGUCUGAAACGGAAAAGUGAUACAAAGGACCUAUCCGGUGGUGACAAGGUUAAGAAACCCCGCUCUUUGAUUACAAAAGAUGGAGAGUUUACUUCACGCCGAGAGAAAGGUUUUCCUGGUAUCAUGGUGUCUGUAGGUCGUGUGGAAAUUUCUAGAGUCGAUGCUUUAGAAUUGUUCAAGAAUGAGGAAAUGGGUGUCACCACAUUAUUACAUAGUGAGCAAAACCAGGCCACAUCUGUACUUGCAACAGCCACUGAUUUAUCUCUUUCUAACCAUUUCAUUCAAAGUCACAAUUUUGGAAGUAAUAUUCCCAUAUCACAUUCCCCCAAUGAGUUUACAUGGGAGUACGUUGCUAGCUAUGCUGAACACUUGGUGUCAACGUUUCUUGAUCAAGAGGAACAAAUUGGUCCCUUCCAUUCUGAACUUUUCAAGACUAUUUAUGCUGCCAUUCGUAAGGCUGGUGACCAGGGAUUAACCAUGGAAGCAGUUUCCCAAGUCCUGGGCAUGCAUGGAGAAAAGAUGGUUGAACUUACUGUAGAUGUGCUUCAAGUAUUCGGACUUGCUCUAAAGGUCAAUGCUUAUGAUUCUGUCCAUGUUGUUGAUGCCUUAUAUCGUUCCAAGUAUUUCUUAAGUUCAGUGGCUGGUCACUAUCAAGAUCUCAAUCCUACUCCAUCCAUGAACUCUUCAGAGAUGAAUGAUAAUGGUUCUUUGAUCCUCCUGCCAGAAAAUCAUGAUGUUGGCACUUCAGGGAAGCAAAUGAGCAUUAAUAUUGAUGACAUACACAAAGUAACUAUUCUCAAUCUGCCAGAGGAGGUUUCUCAACCCUCCAACGAAAUCCAAUCUAGGAAUGGUUUUGAAGAUCAUAUGCAGGUGAAAGUUGCUUCCUCAGAAGGGAUUCACAAGAAUGAGACUUUCAAAUGUGCAAGAUCUCGUGACUGCCAUUCAUUUUGGCCAAUAUUGCCAUGGAUAAAUGGCGAUGGGACCACCAACCUUAUUGUGUACAAGGGACUUGCACGCCGAGUUCUUGGUACCGUGAUGCAGAAUCCUGGCAUAUUGCAGGAUGAUCUUGUACGCCGCAUGGAUGUAUUGAAUCCUCAGAGCUGUAAAAGACUUCUGGAGCUGAUGGUUCUGGAUAGCCACCUUAUUGUAAGGAAGAUGUAUCAAACAAUUUCCAGUGGCCCUCCUGCUUUAUUGGGGAACUUCCUUGGAAAUCUCAGAAGUACAGAAUCCAUUUGUCGUGAGCAUUACUUUGCCAAUCCCAUGAGUACUUCAUUACUUUAGGUAUAGAGUAAGUCUUGGAAAGUGUUUAUGACUAAUUUAUCUUUUUGUAAAUUAUAUAAUGCUUUUUAGUUAAUGAAAAAUCUCUUGGCUGGAUAAAAGACUUUUCUCCU